AUGUCGUCAGUGGCAGAGAAGCCGAAAGGCAUACUGAAGAAGACGACAACCCCAGCUCCCGCAGCCGAAACUCGAGGCAAGCCGAAGCCAGAUGCCCGCGAGACAGCCAUACGACAUGCGCGCAUCAUCCACUCGCGGCGAGACAUCCAGGACCAGAUAUCAGACUCGAUAAUCGAGCUGUCACAUUUCCCUCGGACGCGCAAUGAAUCGUACACCUCCUCCAGCCCCGCGCCAGCCGACGCAGAAGCCUUCAAGAACCUCGUUCGCCUGUACCAGCCCAGCGACUACGAUGACAUGAUAGAAGAGCGCAACUGCAACGGCAUGUGCGGCUACGCGCUGUGUCCGAGACCUCGCGUGAAGAUGUCGCAAGGGGGCAAUUUUAAGCUGCUCAACUACGGGACGAAGGACUUCAGUAUUGUGCCCAAGAGGGAGGUCGAGAGAUGGUGCUCGCAAAAGUGCGCAAGGCGAGCCAUGUACGUCAAGGUUCAGCUGAAUGAGACUGCAGCCUGGGAGCGAGCCGGUAUCGCCUCGAUUCAGAUUGAUAUACUCGAGGAGCCUAAACAGUCAGACGACCCGGCGAGCCAACUGGCCAAGGGGGUAGAGAAGUUUAAGCUCGAGGAGCAAAAACCGACAGAUGACCCGGCAGAAAAGUUGAAUCUCGACAAGGAGAAAAAGGCUGCUCAAGACGCUAGAGAUCUCGAGCUGGCGACAAGCCAACUGGCCAAGGAAGUUGAAAAGUUGAAGCUCGAGAAGGACCAAAAAGCUGCUCAAAAUGCUAGAGAUCUCGCACUGGAGAGGGGCAAUCCGCAAACGACGAGGCGUUCAGUCAAGGUUGCCAUCAGGGAAAAGUCCGUGAAAAUGGCGGCAGAGGCACCAUCAAUCGACACAGGUGAUGAGGGACAUCUCAUCCUGGAUGGCUACAAGACAAAAUUCGACCCAAAGACACAAACCAUCAGCAAGGGGACCAAUCUGACAGAGACUGCAGAGAAGGAUACGUCCGAGGAAUAA